AUGAGAGUCACACCCUCCGUCUCCGUCUUCAUCUUCCUGGUAUUCUUUCUAGCAUACAGGUUUCUCAAGAACCAGUAUAAAUCGCGUGCGCAUCGAAAACUGGAGAUUGCAAAAGGUUGUCAACCACUCCUCAGGACAUGGAAAUCGAGAUGCCCCUGGGGAAUUGACAUUCUCCACAAGGCAUACCAACAUGAGAGCAAGAAGCAGAUACUGCAAUUCUUUCUGGACGUGAUCGCCAAAAGUGGAAACACGUUCCAGCAAUAUCUCUUCUUUUCUCGAAGUAUCAACACUGUAGAACCCGAGAAUAUUGAAGCUAUCUUGUCCACUCAGUUUGAAGAUUUUGGACUGGGACUUCGUCCUAUCCAUUUCGAUCCUCUCAUGGGCAAUGGUAUCUCUACCCAAGAUGGGACUCAGUGGCGCCACUCACGCCAACUUUUACAAUCGCAAUUCAUGUCAAACCGCCUCAACAACUUGGACCAGAUCAAGAGUGCUGUAGACGACCUCGCUAUCGGUAUUCCAGAGAAUGAGUCCGUGGACAUGCAACCACUGUUUUUCCGGCUUACACUUGACACCACACUCUUCUUGUUGUUCAGACAACUUCUUCCGUCACUAAAGUCUCAAGGAAUCACUGAUUGUGAAUCCGAAUUCGCAGACGCUUUCAAGACCAGUCAAGAGUAUCUUGCGCAGCGAGGACGAUUGGGCGAUUUUUACUGGCUUCUGGGAGGCCAGAAGUUUCGUAGAGCUUGUGGGAUUGUUCAUGAUUUCGUUGACAGUGCAGUUCAAAUGGCUUUGAAGCAUUCGGCGCAAUUUCCACCAGAUGCGAAGAUUGGGUCCCAAGAAGGUCACGCGUUAAUCGAUGCAUUGAUUCAGGAAAACAAGGAUCCAAAAUACCUCAGGAGUCAGUGUUUGAACAUUCUCUUGGCUGGAAGGGACGCAACUGCAUGUUGUCUGAUAUGGACUCUGCGUCUCCUCGUACAACACCCCCACGUCCUUUCCAAACUCCGCCGUGAAGUCAAAGGCGCCGUGGGUGUCGGCCUCAAUGCAUCAGAACCGACAAUCAGCCAACUCAAGGAACUCUCUUACUUGACAAAUGUCAUCAAAGAAGUCCUCCGCUUAUACCCCUCCGUCCCUGUCAACUCGCGCACCGCUAUCCGAACAACAACUCUCCCUACCGGCGGAGGUCCCCACGGCACCGAUCCAAUCCUCGUUCACAAAGGCGAAGCAGUCGGGUACUGCGUGUACGCCAUGCAUCGUCGGAAGGACAUCUACGGCCCGGAUGCGGAAGCCUUUCGACCGGAGCGUUGGGAAGACCAACCCCUAGCCACCAAGGCAAGGGGUUGGGCGUAUUUGCCAUUCAACGGAGGACCACGGGCAUGUCCUGGACAAGAGUUUGCCCUGCUAGAAACGGGUUAUACUAUCGUUAGGAUUCUGCAAAUGUUCGAGACUAUCGAGAUGGUAGAGGGACGGGGGAUGGAUUGUUCUGUUGGUAAGGAGAAGCAGGUUCUUACGCUGGUUCUAUCGAGCGGUGACGGUUGUUGGGUCCGAAUGAGGAAAUACCAACAUUAA